ACUUGGUGGAGAUUUUUGCUUUUGUUUUGUUUUGUUUUGUUUUGAGACAGGGUCUCAGCUAUGUAACCCACACUGGCCUCUAACUCUGUAUCCUCCUGGUUCAGCCUGAAAAGAAUUUCCUAAAUGCCUUUGAAAUGAAAGCUGGUCUUUGACAGUGUUGUCUUUUGGAAGUGUGUGGACUUUCCACAUGACCUUGUUUCUUGGACAUACCACUUACUUUUUGUGCGUGUGUUGUCUUACCUCCAAGUUACUGGUUUGCUGUUUUCUCAGGUUUCUUUGGGAAUGGUGAUGGGUGCACAGGGUUGUGCAGGAGUUGAGAGCUGUGAAGCACUGCUCAGUCCCAGCAGGGAGUGACUUGUUCUUAUGUUUCUGCAGAUCUGGAGCAGCAACCAUUUGUUUCCCAGCAGAGAGGAAGCCACCCUUUUCCUUGGAACGCUGGAUACUAUUUUCCUCUUCUCCUACGCUGUGGGCCUCUUCGUCAGUGGCAUCAUUGGGGACCGACUGAAUUUGCGAUGGGUUCUCUCUUUUGGCAUGUGCUCUUCUGCAUUUGUGGUGUUUGUCUUUGGCACUCUCACAGAAUGGCUGCACUUCUACAACAAGUGGUUCUACUGUUGCCUGUGGAUUGUGAAUGGCUUGCUGCAGUCCACAGGCUGGCCCUGUGUAGUUGCUGUGAUGGGCAACUGGUUCGGGAAAGCUGGUCGAGGAGUUGUCUUUGGUCUCUGGAGUGCCUGUGCUUCAGUGGGCAAUAUCUUAGGAGCAUGCCUAGCUUCGUCUGUUCUGCAAUAUGGUUAUGAGUAUGCCUUUCUGGUGACCGCGUCUGUGCAGUUUGCUGGUGGGAUCGUCAUCUUCUUUGGACUACUAGUGUCACCAGAGGAAAUUGGUCUCCCAGGUAUAGAGGCAGAAGAAAACUUUGAAGAAGAUUCACACAGGCCUCUAAUUAAUGGUGCUGAAAAUGAAGAUGACUGUGAGCCCAAUUACUCGGUGCAAGAGGACAGCACUGUGAGCCAAGUAAAGGCAGUCAGCUUUCACCAGGCCUGCUGCCUUCCUGGAGUCAUACCGGUGAGGACUGUUCAGUCUCUUCCACAGCUGGGAGGAAUCCUGGCCCUUGAGUUAUUCUGUUUGGGAUAUAGCUGCUUUAAUUUUCGGGAUAUGUUCAGAGGAAUGCUGCAUAGUGUCCCUCAGCUUACCUGAUACCUUCUGCACAGCUGGCAAACCCUUUUCUUGAAAAGCCAGAGAAUAAACAUUUCAGCUUUGGGGAGACGUAAAAAUCUUUGCCAUAACUGCUCAACUCUAGUGCAAAAAAACCAUGGGGCAGGUGGGUGUGGCCAGAUGUGAAC